UAAGGUACGCGACUCUGUCCUUAGUUCCUAAAUUGUAAUUUGUAUGUAUAAUUGGGAUUUGGGAGAGACAGAAAGAAAGAAAGAACGAAGGAGGGGAAGGAGAGAAAAAGUGAAGACCCAAAGGGCCUGCUUUAGUUUGAAAGAAUUGAGUUUUGAUAUUGAAAUUACCAGUGUUUGAAUAUUGGAAGGCCGAUUGUGUUGAUUAUUUGAAAUUUGAUAUGGAGCUCCAGAUACCAUUGACGACGACGAUGCUGCUGCUGCUUCUGUGUUUGGUGACGCCUUCCUUGACGUUCUGUCAUCCUUUGACAUGUAACUCUUCACCAAAUACUCAUAACUUCCUCCAUCUUCUUCACCGUCAAUGUCCUCGCCAGAUCCCAUUGUUCAACCCUCCUAUCCAGGUGGAUGGAGAAAACCUCGAACAAAUUCUGAGAUCUACACCAAAGGAUGUAUAUACUGCUGUUCUCUUCUAUGACUCUAGGUCUCCAUUUUCAAAUAGCAUGAGCUCUAAAUUUGAUAUUCUGAGUUCCAUGUUCCCAGGAGUUGGCCAUAUAGCAGUUGAAUUAUCAAUGGUCAUGCCGAGUUUGUUAUCAAGAUUUGGGAUCCACAGUUUACCUGCACUCUUCAUUGUGAACCAAGCUGAACAGAUUCGCUAUUAUGGCCCCAAAGAGCUUCAUUCCCUGGCACACUUUUACAAGAGAAUUACUGGAUUUGGCCCUGCAGAGUACCACACCCAUAAUGAGGUCGCGAACAUAAUGAAUGGUGAAAUAGUACCUGAACCAUGGUAUUGGUCAUCAUGGAGAGAAAUCAUAGUGAAAGAACCCUAUCUGGUUUUCGCAAUUCUAUUCCUGGUGCUGCGGGGGUUCCUCUGUAUUUGUCCAGAAAUCUGGUCUUGUGUCACAGCAUUAUGGAUGUUGUGCAUGUGCCAAUUAAAUUUGGGAGUUUUGGGAGAGUCAAACCAAUUGUUGGCCCGUGUUGCUCAUGUAAUGGAUGUAAAGAGAGUAUGGAGUAAGCUGAAGCAAUGUAAGAUUAGAAAUUUUCAGGAAGGGGCCAGAAGUGCCCGUGUUUGGGCCUCUUCUUUAGCUUCUGUUUCCUUGGGCGAAUCAUCUUCUGCAAGGCCGUCGUCAUCUAUUGAGUCUUAAAUUGUCUGACAGACCUUUUUCCUCUGUUGAUGUUCCCCUAUGUGCUGAAGGACUCCUUCAUAGAGGCAGAUAGUGUGCAUUUUAUUUGUUGUUAAUUACUCUUCCAAUAUUCUUGAACUGAAGGUUGAAUCUAUACUUCUCGGAGGCUGAGAAAUUAUCAUUGAAGUGAUCUUGUAAAGUUUAUCACAUUUCUCAGUUACUCUUUCCUUUUUUUUUUUUUUUUUUAAGUGGGGUGUUUGUAAUUAUUAGUGUUAUACUGUGCUAUUGAAGCAAUCACAAUACUUAGAGCUCCUUAGUUGUAACUUGUAAGCCAUUCUACUCUCUCUAUUGUUAUCAGUUGACAAAAUUACUCUGUUGGUUUUUCCCCUAGCCCCCAAA